CCUCAGCAGCCAGCCGCUUCCUUCUGCUCUGUAUGCAUUACCGCCUGCCGGCGUGCGCCCGCUCCGUGUUACUGUGUGCCCGCCGCCUGCCCAGCUCGGUGCCCGGCUCUCUGACCCCGUGUGCCCGCCGCCUGCCCUACUCUCUGACCCCGUGUGCCCGCUCGCUGUGUGUCGCCAUGAAGCCGCUCGUUGUGUUUGUUCUCGGUGGACCCGGGGCCGGGAAGGGCACCCAGUGCGAGAGGAUUGUGCAGAAAUAUGGCUAUACCCACCUGUCAGCCGGAGACCUUUUGCGUGAUGAAAGAAAGAAGCCAGACUCCCAGUUCGGGGAGCUCAUCGAGACUUAUAUAAAAGAUGGGAAGAUUGUUCCUGUUGAGAUCACUAUCAGCCUGCUUCAAAGGGCUAUGGAACAGACAAUGGCUGAACAUUCCGACAAGAAUAAAUUCCUCAUUGAUGGUUUCCCCAGGAACGAAGACAACCUGCAGGGAUGGGAAAAGACCAUGAAUGGCAAAGCAUCCGUGACUUUUGUGCUCUUCUUUGAUUGUGACAAUGAGACUUGCAUUGAUCGAUGCCUGGAGCGAGGGAAAAGCAGUGGAAGAAGUGAUGACAACAGGGAGAGCUUAGAAAAGAGAAUUCAAACAUACCUGCAGUCCACCCGGCCUAUUAUUGAUCUGUACGAGAAGACCGGGAAAGUCCGGAAAGUGGAUGCUUCUAAAUCUGUUGAUCAGGUUUUUGCAAAAGUCCAAGAAAUAUUUGACAAAGAAGGAUAACUAUUAUUUUGGGGAAUAAACUUCCAGCCAUGUAUGGAUCAAGCUUUUCCAGUUCUUUUCUUUAUUUUCAGGUUUCUUUUAUAUAUAUAUAUAUUUUUUUUUUUAUGUACAAAUAUGCAAUUGGGUUGUUUGUUUUAAAUUUCCUUGUCUGCCAGUCUCAACAGAUUAUCUUCCACUGUCACCACUACAGAGUGAGAUUGUAUUUUGUGGGUUCAUGCCAAAAAGAAAAUAAACCCUUGCACUGAUGUCAUUUUUUUUAGUUCUGCGGAGCUUUGACCAUGCAAACCUCAAAUGGCAACAGCUUGAGUUAUUUAUUUAGAAAGCAGUGUAGGUUCUGCUUCGUGUUUGACCCCUCUGUUCUAUCCAGUGCUCUUUAAAACACCCCAUCCUUGCACCUUUAAAAGACCCUUUUUAUUUACUUGCAGUAAAGUAUUGCAUUGUGACCCAUGUAUAUGCUCUCACUUUUUUGUAAUGUAUUUGCCCAUUCAAUUGACUCUUAGUUGAAGCAAAAUCUACCUCUGAUCACGGUGCACACAAUCGCAUAUUGGCCUCCUUGGAUGUCAACAAGGUUUAACUCUCUUAAACCUCUAUCAGGUUGAGGUCUAAAAUACUUCAUAAUAAAACAUUUAAUACGCGAGCAACAAUUUUACUUUCACUGAUUUUAAAUGCAUUAGAAGGUUCUGUAUUCUUGAAUGUCACUGAUGUUACAACUUGUUUGUCUCUACAAUCAUUCAGGAUGGUUGGUAAACUGACCAUACCAGUGAUUUUUAGCACAGUACGCAAAAGGUCUCAAAUGACCUAGGUUUUAUCAGUCUCACCGCUAGAACAGAAAAAGCCAAAUGAAAUAUUGGGCUGUUUGGUGGUUCUUAUCCUGGGCCUUAUCUGUUAACUUUAUGGUGGUAAAACAUAAUCUUGCCAAUACUGGAAUAUUUAAACAUAUGUUGAAACAUUGUGUACCGCAGUACUAGACGCAUGGGAUCUGUAAUGUAAGCAUGAAAGUUGGCAAACUCCAUAAACAUAUCCACAAACCAUCCAUAGCUGAUCUUGUAUACAGAUGUCUGUAUGCUCCUUUGAACAUUGCAGUAGGUUAAGGAACUAAGAUAAGCUUAGGAUAUGAGAGCAUUGUAAAAUGUGUUUAAUAAAAAUCUCAAUUGAAUGAAUAAAUAUCACUGUUCCUA